AUGAUGGAUUUCAGUCUCUCACAAUCCCCCAAGGCGCAACGCCCUCCACCCCAGAGUCCCAAGGACGCGAAGGAAAUGCCGCCACCUACCGAACUACUGAAUUCCCCGCAUUCCCGCAAAUUAUCUACAUCCUCUCUUAACCGAACUUCUUGUCCCCCAAGAUCAUCUUCUCGCGCCCCCAUCUCCGAAGUAAUAACCCCAAAGAGUCCGCUUGUGUCCAAUACCGAUGCCUCUGGGGCUGAUGACGAUCGAACAUCCGCGGGCCAGUCCUCAGUCGGGGAAUCCUUGAAGCCCCUACGGAAGCGGUAUGAACCCGAACGCAUUGCCUAUUUGAAGGAUCAACCCACAUAUGCACCGGUCUCUCCUCAUAAAGCCUUGUGCACGAAGUGCGGCAAGGUCAUAUCUCUUGGCACAAAUCAAACAUACGUGAUCCGUCCAUGGGUAACCCAUCGCACUUCUUGCGAUGGAGAUGACUAUAAAGAGGGCGAUGACAGGGAUGAUGCUGGAUUUCCUCCCCCUGCCCCACCCCCGUCACAACCCAAGAAAAACGUGGAUGAAAGAAAGGCCACGUUAGAGGCUGACCCCCGGGCUGCCGAGGUUCGAGCAGAGACUGUACUUUGUAAAAAGUGUAACAAGUGGAUAAAGUUGACCAAGGGGCGCCAGUAUGUUCUCACACAUUGGAACGAACAUCAAUCACGUUGCGACAUGCAACCAAGCGAAGUCACCGCUGCUGAGCACAAACUCCAGCUAGUGAAUGACCCCCAGGUGAAAUAUUUUACCAGAGAAUUGGUUCAAUGCGCGACCUGUGGCAUCGCGGUCCAUUUGCAGGGCGUCGAGUACGAUCUAACGGAAUGGAUAAAACAUAAGGGACUGAAUUGUGGAAAUCGUCCGAGUGAUAAUGGUGAAGAUGCAGGCUCCCUCGAUCAACAAAAGACACUUCCAUUCCCAUCCACGCGACCUCCACCUUUGUCAUCCUCUACCAACGGCACGGUAAUUGCCAUUGGCCCUAGCUCUGUACCUUGUGAACUCUCCUCCACUCAUGGAGUCAAGCGGGCGCGUGAGGAGGAAGAAGAAGAAGCUGAGCGCUCCGACAAUGAACAAAUGAACAUUAAUGAACAGCCAGAUCGUCGGCCCUCGAACCGACAAAGAGACGAUGAAUAUGCUCACGAAGAGUGGGAGCCGCCCAGUGUAUUGGGGUGGUUUAUGCUGCUGUUUGCUGCCUAUGUACGUGGGUUCCGCGAAAGUUUGGGGUCUAGAAAUACCUAA